GUUUUCCAUUUUACACUAAAUGUGACAAAAAACUUAAAAUGACAGACUGAGACCAUAAAUUUAUCAGGAAAGUUUUUAUUGAAGUUACAAGUUUUCGGGGUAGUGGGCUCAUUUUUUUUCAAAGGGCUUAUUUUUGCCCCCUGCUGAUCAUCUUAAAGACUGCAGGUGUAAGGCAUUGCAGAGUGGCUGUCCUUAGACCCACUGCUUGAUCCUUUGUAAUAUACAGUCUAUAAGAAAACCUAGAGGCAUGUGGAAAUGUGAAGCCUGCUCUCCCAAAUAUACAGAAGGAUGCAAUGCCAAGUUUAUCAGAGUAGCUAAUCAGAGUUUUGUUUUUUGCUCUGGGUUAUUUCGUAAGAGGAAAUCAUCACAUUUAAAGGAGCCAUAGGUGAAUUUUCUAACAAUAGAAGGGGCAGAGUGCUUUUUCUUCUUUCUGGUAGCUAAACUGACUCUGGGAAACAAGCCAUAGAUGUGAAAGUGAUAUCAGUUUUCUCCUUAAAUCACAGAAAGAAAUCCAAUCUGUAUUUCAAAAAUUAUUCAAGUGGAAUCCUGAUGGUAAUGGCCAGAUUUUGCUUUUGCUGAUUGAAUAUUUUCAAAUAUCAAGCUGAUACAUUUAAAAAUCACAAACUCUUUAAAGUUCUUAUUGUCUGAUUUUGUGCUAUUUCCAUAUUUAGUGUUCAUAAACUUUAUUGUGCGCGAGUAUUAUCAAAAAAUAGCUUUCUGUCUGUAAAACAUGCAAUGCAGUGACCUUAAUGCGAUUUGGUGAGGAAGUGAACAAAUUACUCCCAUAAAAUUGGAUUUAUAUCACAGGCUUAUUACAACUACCGCUGUUGCAAAAAUAAAGUCGUGUUCAAAGUCCUGAUGAGAGCAGUGAGAACGCUCUAAAUCUUCUUGUUUUUUUACGGGUUUCUUCCACGGGGAUCAUGGGAAAAAUCCAAUUUGCCCAUUAAUCUCAUCUGGUCAGGGUCUCUAGACCUCCAGAUACACCCCGGGCUAGAUCAAAGAUGGAGGAAACGCUGUGUGGCAGUGGUACAGACUUCACCGGGACACAUCAAAAAGACUGACAUGGAUAAUCCAAUUGAAAUGGACACAUCACCUUUAGGCUGUUUUUUCGGACUGGCACAUCACCUCCAUUCAUCAUCCUGUCCCCCGAUUUUGAAUCUAAGCGGGUUUGGGCAUUUUCCCUCUGGUGACUGACAUUGGUUAAGCGUGGAGUGUGAAUCCUCCCACAGCUAGCUCCUUCUCUGCGCGCGUCUCAUCGGUGCGAUUUGAAUGAAGAGCUCAUCAACUUGGACCACAUCUCAGAGGUGCGGAGCUCCGGUCUGGACACGGGCCAAACCCGUCUGAUGUCAAACCAGCCUGAACAGAUACUCUCAGACAUCUCGUUUCUUCGCCUCAUUCCUGAGACGGGACUCUGCCCACUCCUUGUGUAAAGCAAUCUGAACCUGAUAGCACAGCAUCCGCGUAUCUCCCCUGAGAAUCUGCGCUGGACUAUUAAGACAGUCGCUCUUAACCUUUUCUUCAGAAGCGCUUUGCCGCUGUGCAGAAUCCCAGUCAGCCAUGACUUUUACGAGCAAACCGUCUGUCCUCCGACUGUCUUGUAAUACAUUUUUAAAGCGAGUUUAACUCGGCGAUUCAACUUUCAGCUGCUGUUUUAUUAAUUUUUUCCUGUCAUCUGUGGAAAUGCUCCGUCCAGACCCAUAAAGAAACAGAGUUUGGUUAAUAUGCACUUAUUGCCAAGCGGAAUAUGUUUUUAUUUAUCUGUAGCAAUCUGCUGGCUCACAGCUGAGAUCGAUGCGUCCUGGUGGUACAUGGGCACCCUGGGCUCCCAGGUGAUGUGCGACAACAUCCCUGGACUGGUGAAUAAGCAGCGUCAGCUGUGCCGCCAGUACCCCAAAGUGAUGCAGGCCAUCGGGGCCGGGAUGAAGGACUGGAUCUCAGAGUGCCAGUACCAGUUCCGCAACCACCGCUGGAACUGCAACACCACAGCCAGGGACCACAAUCUGUUUGGACGUCUGCUGAUACGCAGUAGCCGUGAGGUGGCCUUUGUCUACGCUAUCUCCUCAGCUGGAGUGGUUUACACACUGGCUCAAGCCUGCAGCCAAGGCGAGCUGGAUUCCUGCUCCUGUGAUCCCACCAAGAAGGGCUCAUCACAGGAUGCCAAGGGCUCCUUCAACUGGGGAGGCUGUAGUGACCAUGUGGAGCAUGCCAUACGCUUCAGCCAAGCCUUCGUGGAUGCCAAGGAGAGGAAGGAGAGGGAUGCCCGUGCACUCAUGAACCUGCACAACAACAGAGCUGGCAGGAAGGCUGUGAAGCGCUUCAUGACACUGGAGUGUAAAUGUCAUGGUGUCAGUGGGUCAUGCAGCGUCAGGACCUGCUGGUUGGCCAUGGCUGACUUCCGCCGCACAGGUGACCAUCUACGGAAAAGGUACAACGGUGCUGUGCAGGUUGCAGUGAAUCAGUACGGCACUGGCUUUACGGCCGCUCACACACACUUCAAACGUCCCAGCAAGAAUGACCUUGUCUACUUGGAGGACUCACCAGACUACUGCAUACGGGACCACGAGUCAGGGUCGAUGGGGACAGGAGGGCGGGUCUGCAACCGGACAUCCCGAGGUGUAGAUGGCUGUGAAGUGAUGUGCUGUGGCCGUGGCUAUGACACGUCACGCGUCAGCCGCACAACCAAGUGUGAGUGCAAGUUCCAGUGGUGCUGUGCAGUCCACUGCCGUGACUGCCACCAGCAGGUCGACGUGCACACCUGUAAGGGCCAGACGUGACCUCGCCACUACUAAACGUGACUGACGCCUCAUAUCGGGCAUCCAGAGUCCCCCGUUCCUUCUCAGCUACUUAUCUGACGUCUUGUUGCGACAAUCCAACUGAUAAUCUCGAGUCUGUCUUUAGUUCCCAGCCCUCUGAAGGUCUGUUAGGUUUUUAGACACUUUUUCUUUUCCUCCUCACCAAACACAUCACGUCUUUUUCUUCUUUUGGAUGCUACGUGGAAAGAACUUCCAGACUCGGAGACACUUAAAGCCUGACUGCUGAAUGUCUGUAGCUGUUACUUUCAGAAUGUACCAGUCAAAUCAUGCUUCAGAUUACUGUUGAGACUAACAGGCUAGUAUUUGAUCUGCUGGCUCCAGUUGUGAUUUUUUGGAGAUGAACUGUUGAUUAAACAGGCCCUAAGGACUGACCAAGUAUACACUGAAAUAUAACUUAAAUUAUGUGUAUUGGCUUUUAUAGUUUUGUUGAAUCAACAUGCAUGGAGGUUUUUGGCCUGCUCCUGUGAAGCCUUUAACACAUAGCAGCUCUCCACACAGUUUAUCAGCUUGUUGUUUGGAUUUGUUCUCGUGGCACCUUACACUUGUCAGCAAACCAUUUACAACAUAAAGUACGAUCAGUGUUCUUUUUCCCUGCAUGCUUUCAGUGUAAACUGUUGUCACGCCAGUCUCAUUCAACACGGCGUUGUUGACAACGUUCCCCAGUUGACACCAAUGUCCUUACUACAUUUCACUGUCAUAUUAGCAUCUUCUCCUUGUCUUUUAAAAAGGCUAGAAUUAAACCAUAAUGUUGAUAACAGACAUAUCUUACUGUAUUUAUGAGGAAAGAGUUUUACAUUUAUGACCUUAUAUUUUUAAGUAUCUACAGGGAUCCUGUAUGAAUGAUCAUUUUCUUGUGGUUGCUCCCUUUAGAAGUCAUAAGAGAAGAUCUGCAUCAUCUCACCCUAGCUCUAUUAUCCUCUUCUGUCACACCAACCUUUUCCAUAUCCUCCUUCACUACAUCCAUUAAUCUUCUCUGUGCUCCUCCUCUGUGCUCCAUGGUCAGCAUUCUUCAUCCAGUAUAUCCACCAUCUCUCCUCUGCCCAUGUCCAAACCAUCUCAACCCUGCCUCUCUAACUUUGUCUCCAGAAUGCUCAACCCUUAUAUAAUCAUUUUAAUUCUGUUCAUCCUGGUCACUCACAAUGAAAAUAUUUCAACUCUGCCUCAUUCAGUUUCACCUCCUUCCUUGUUAGUCCCACCAUCUCCAAACCUUCUUGUAAGCCUUCUCUUUCACUCUUGCUGCUAUCCCCGUGUUACAAAACUCCCGACACUUAUCGCCACCCUGCCUGUACUCUUUUCUUUUGCGCUGUCUAUUGCUUUGCAUGGUAUUUAAAGCAGCUUCACUGUUAUACCAGUUCCCCUCUUUUUCACACACUUGGAUUCUGUCUUAGUUCUACUGACUUUCAUCCCUCUUCUCUCCAGAGCAUACCUCCACUUGUUCCCUACUUUCACUACAGAUCAGUGUCAUCUGUCAAUCUCUCCAUCACCACUGAAAACACUCUUACAGUCCUCAUACGUCCUUCACCAGCUUCACAUAAUCCCCUGAUACUCCAGACUUCCUCGUGCAGUACCACAGUGCCUCUCUUGGCCCCUUAUAUCCUUCUCUAGGUCCACAAAGACGCAGUGCUACUCCCUUUGACCUUCUCUAUACUUCUGUCAACACUCUCAAAGCAAACAUAUUUGUAGUGCUCUCUCUCAGCAGAAGCGAUAAUGCUGCUCACUCAUCAUUACCUCUCUUCUUAACUUAGCUUUAACAACUCUUUCCCAUCGCUUUGAGAUAUAAUUCAUCAGCUUUAUCCCUCUGUGUUACGGCUCUGCACAUCAGCCUUGUUCUGGAAAAUCACUAUAAGUAAUUGAUCAUUAAGAUAGUCUAAGAGGUACUGUAGUCAACAUCUUGUUAAAAUAAAUGCUUGAAAAACCUAUUAAAAUAUCUAGAACUUUCAGUAAAAAAAAUAACAUCAGAAAUGCUUUUUCUUGUAGUUAAAAUGAGCAUUCUGUCGUCGUUUCUUAGAAAUGUGUUGAUAACUAGGACCUCUGUUUACAUUUCACUGUUACUGUGCCUGCUACCACUAUUGGAUUAAGGAGGAGCAAUGUUCGAGUAUUCGAGUAGGACUCGGUGGAAUCAAACAGCUCGUAAAUGACUGUCCACUUUUAAACAUCCUCAGUGACAAACAGGAGGGACGGUGGCCUGAGCAGUCAUUACACACAGAGGAAUACAAGUAAAGCAAACCAGCAGCCGUUCUCACCAGUUGCUUCAUUAGAUGUAAUACAUGUCCUGUCUGCAAAUUGCACAUCAGCUGUGUAAGAUUAAAAUAUAACCCUUACAACUGAACUCUAUAGAAUAAAUGACUUAAACUCACACUGUGUCUAGAUUUAAAGAGCCUCAUGAACAAAAACACAUGAAUAGUCUCUGAUUUCUCUGACUAGUGUUCUGUUAACUGGACAAACUUCUCAAGCAGCUUGUUUAGCUGGAUUAAUGCAGCCUGGUGAUGAGGUCUGUGUCAGAGUUCAUCAUUAAGAUGCAUUGCUUUGGCACCUUGUUGAAGCCGGUACACAUCCAGACAUGCUCGAACAUUGCUCAGGUCAUUUCUGUGGGAAGAAAAUCACGGUGGAGACAAUCUGCAUAACUAAUUACAUCACCAACCUUAUGGGACCAGCAAGUCCUUGAAUGGUGGAAAUAUGCAGAACCAGUUCAGGACUGGGCACUGGGUUAGUAGGAAAAGACCUGAGUUGUUGACUUGUAUUCAGAGCUACAUCUUGGAUUUCCAAGUCAGACAGCACAUGCAAGCUUGGUUAGCAAGCAGUUACUAUUAAACAUAUCAGUCACCAUACCUGAAACACAAACUUUUUGCAGCCACAACCACUGUCUGAUACUUCCAUCAAAAUGCUUCAACAGUCACCAACAGUAAGUGGACAUGAGGCCCGCCUGACAAAUGGAAGCAGGCUUGCACAACACCUUAAGCUUUGCAGUCCAAGUGUAUCCUACAACUUUUAUAAACUAUAGAGAAAUAAAAGUGUUUGCACUUGUUGUUUGUUGUUCCAGGCUGUGAAUGUGUCUUCUAAUGCUGUUUACCAUCAAAGUCGAUGACGACGGACUUGCAAUAGGCGACAGCCUGAAAUGGAGCUUGCUGCUUGUAUGACCUCAGUACUCAGCAGUUGCAGGAACAACUUUUCCUCUGUGGAGUGAGCUGUUAGUUUGAGGAUGAAAGCUCCAAAUAUAUGAUGGAUCCUGCAGAGAAACAAAACCCAGCCGGUUGUAUCUGGUGGUGCUGGUAUCAAGGUCAGCUGAUUUCUAAGUAUGUGGGGCAGCCAGUAAAAACACUGCAUUUUUGCAGCAAUACACAAAAAGUCCUUUAUUGUAUUUUUUUUUUUUCCUUUUCACCCUUUUAAUGAUGGCAAUUGAUCACCUCUUUUUGUACAACAAAAGAACAGCUUUAAAUGACUGAUAACCCAAAGAAAUGCAAACAUAUCAAAUAAAGUCAAAACCAAUUCUGGGUGGUGUUUAGCAUUUUUGUUUUGCGCCUCUCCUGGGAUCCCCGUCUGCUCUCAGUUUGGUUUGAACUUGGCACAGAGGUGCGUCAGUCUAGUCCACUGCUGUGUUCUGGAUUUCAGUUCAGCUGUUUCUGUCCAGA